AUGCCCAUCGCCGUCACCGCGGUCUUAUCGCCAUCACAAUUGCCUACCUUCCCUGGUGUCUUCGAUACCCGCAGCCAACGGAAAUACUUUCCAGUCCUCCACGACCUCUCGGCUGCUUUACGACCUUCGGCUGCUCCACAACCUGUCAGCGAGGAGGCUAUCUGCAGGAACACUGAGCUGCUUCCUCCCUCCACCCUGCUUGAUCUCCAGAAAGCUUUGACUACUUGGCAACGGCUUUGUGCAUAUAGGCUACUUGUAGCCAAGCAGAUCAUGGGGAGUCAGAGGGCCAUUGUUUGGCCUGGACAUUUCCUACUCAUCAGCCGACUACUCUACUGUGAAUAG